AGAGCACGAGGAACCGCUCUGCCUUUAAAAAAAAAUAACAGACGCUGCUCUCAACACCAGAAACGUUCGACCGCUUGGAGGAUUUCAGGAUUGUUUUGUAGUAGGCUAAUACUUUUUACUAUGAUACACGGUGUCCUCUUCAAGCAGAGAGAGGAAGCCAAUCAGCUAGCGAGCUGGCUAACUAAACUAUCCAAAGGGGAAGUGGCAGCAGUCAUCGUUUAAGAGUUUCGCUAGCGUAGCUUCCGCCUAACACACCCACUUUCUGUCUAUUUGUUGUUCACAUUGGUUUCAAAUAACCUGGACUUCAACCAACUUAAGCUUUCGGCUGAACACAAAAGCAUGCUUUGGCGAAACAGAGCGCUUCGCCGUUGUUAGCCAGCUAGCGAGGCGAAUGGUCUCUCCAGCUCCAGCACAGGCUCGCUAGCCAGCCAAAACUGGAGUCGGCCUGAAAAUACAGCAGCGUGGAGGUUAUCACUCGUGCUGUUGUCAGUCAUUAACGACAAAACGCUUGCCCUGACUGUUGACUUCUAUGCAGUUGCUUCAUCGGGCUUUGGGGGAAAUAAGGAAGCAUUCAGCUACGCCUCUCUGCGUCCCUCGAGCACUCAAGUGCCUGGCGCAUCUCGGGAGAGCAGAUCUCUCAGCAUGCUGGACAAAAGAGCGGAGAUGAGCAGAUUGGCGUUUUAAUCGUCUUUGGCUUGUUUGGAACUGUCCGUUUGGGGAAGGCGGGAACACAAGAGGCAAGAAUGAAGAAGUUUUCGCGUAUGCCGAAGUCAGAGAGCGGAAGUCUCGGGGGUGGGUCUGGAUCUGGUACUGGAAGCAGCAACUACAUCGGGAAGGUGUUUGCUGUCGGUCGAUACCAAGUGACGGUGGAGGACCUGAUCGCUGAAGGAGGUUUCUCCAUGGUGUUUUUGGCACGCACGCACAGUGGAGUAAGAUGUGCCCUGAAAAGGAUGUACGUGAACAAUAUCCACGAUCUGAACAUCUUCAAGCGGGAGAUCACAAUCAUGAAAGAGUUGUCAGGCCACAAGAACAUUGUGCGAUAUCUGGAUUCAACCACUAAUGCAGUCGGGGACAGUGUAUGGGAGGUUCUGAUUCUGAUGGAGUAUUGCAAGGCUGGUCAGGUGGUGAAGCAGAUGAACCAACGGCUGCACGUAGGAUUCACUGAAGAGGAGGUGCUCAACAUAUUCUGUGAUGCCUGUGAAGCUGUUGCCAGACUCCACCAGUGUAAAACUCCAAUCAUCCACAGAGACCUGAAGGUAGAAAACCUCCUCUUGAAUGACCAGGGAAACUACGUCUUGUGUGAUUUUGGAAGUGCCACACACAAAGUUCUGCUUCCACAUAAAGAUGGUAUAGCUGCCGUGGAGGAUGAGAUCAAGAAGUACACAACUCUGUCAUACCGUGCCCCAGAGAUGAUUAACUUGUACCAAGGGAAAGCCAUCACCACAAAGGCUGAUAUCUGGGCGCUUGGAUGCUUGUUGUACAAGCUGUGUUUCUUCACACUUCCAUUUGGGGAGAGUCAAGUUGCCAUAUGUGACGGAACCUUUGCUGUUCCGGACGGUUCAAAAUUCUCCUCUAAGUUGCACUGUUUAAUAAGAUACAUGUUGGAGCCUGAUCAAGAAAGGAGACCUGACAUCUAUCAAGUUUCUUACUUUGCCUUUCGGUUAACUGGAAAGGAGUGUCCAGUGCCAAAUCUUUUUAACUCUCCCCUUCCCACCUCAUUGCCGGAGCCCCUUACUGCUAGUGAUAUUGCUGCUAAGAAGAGCCUGACAAAAGCCAGAAUAACAGAUUCAGUUGGACCAACAGAAACAUCAAUCGCACCCAGGCAAAGACCCAAAGCUGCAAAUAGUAAUGUUUUGCCCUUGUCCAGCUCUGUAACUCCUGUGAAAAUGACUGUAUCCUCAGGUACGGUUAGCAACGGCCAGAAAGCUUCUGGGAAUGGGCAGCAGUCGGCUGUGCAGAUGCCGAGCAGCAGUCAGCAGAACAGAGUGUUACAGCAACUGCAGCCUGGAGACCUUCGACUACAACAGCUACAUCAUCAACAACAACAACAGCAGCAACAGCACAAUAUCCACCACCAACAGCAAGUCACUGCACAGCAGCUACAGUACAUGCAACAGUAUCAUCAGGCCAUGCAACAGAGUCUUCAGAUGCAGCAGCAGCAGCAUAUGCUUCAGCAGCAGAUGAUGAUGCAGCAGCAGCCCAUAUAUCACUCCCAGCAGCAACAGCAGGCUCACUACACUGCCCUGAUGCAUCAGUACCAGCAGGCCUUUGUUCAGCAGCAGCAGCAGUGUGUUCCAGUCCAGCAGGUGCCCUAUAUCUCCCCUCUGGAGUUCCAGGCCCCGCUGGGCUCCUAUAACCCUGCCGGAGCUUCUCCAGUAGAGACCACCUUCACUAACAUCAGUAGAAACCCAGUUUCCACUGUGGAGAUCUUGAGUCCUUCUCCUCAGACUGUCAACAACCCUCCUGAUAUGUCUGGAUGGAACCCAUUUGGAGAAGACAAUUUCUCUAAACUCACAGAAGAGGAGCUUCUUGAUCGAGAGUUUGACCUUCUAAGAGCAAAAAAGCCAGUAGAGCGAUCUGUCAGCAUGGAGGCCAGCAGCAUAGACAGACAGCAGCCGGUACUGCAGCCCUCACUCCCUGAGGAUCCAUUUGGCUCUGUGCCCUUCCUGGCCAACGCAGCAGGAGCUGGUGUGCUGACAGCGGAGCAUCCAGUUGAGAAGCCCAGUGUUGGCGUGGCUGUUCCAGCCUUGCAAGACACAACCCUGCCAUCUGUCAAGGAACACAAAACGACAAAAAAAAGUAGCUCUACUAGUUCACUGCCUCAGAAAGCAGGCGAGGAAUCAGACAGUGAUUUUGAGUCUGACCCACCCUCUCCCAAAAGUAGUGAAGACGAGGAGGUGGAGGAGGAGGAAGGUCUCAACAGUGAACAUGAAGACACCGAACCUGAGAACCUGGGUCAGAGGCCGUUACUCAUGGACUCUGAGGAAGAGAUAGAGGAAGAGGAAGACAAACACAGCUCAGACUCAGAUUGUGAGUCUAGGAAAGCAAAACUUGGGCUGUCAGAGGAGAAGGCUGUGGUUUUUCCUCCGGGAACUGUGAAAGCUGAAUCUGGAGCCAGUGAGAUCUCUCCUCCCAAUUCGCCAAGUGUCGCCAUGCCUGCCGCGAGCAUUGUGGAUGUGUUUGGUGCUGUUCCUUUUGUUGGCAGUGGUCAGCCCAGAGUGUCACCAGAGAGUUCAGAUAUUUUUGCCAAAGCCCCUUUUAGGCAGGCGAGCCAGGAGAACGAUGCGGAGGACACUGACGUAUUCACCAAAGCUCCUUUCAACAGAAACCUAUCCAGGUCAAGCAGAAGUGGUGAUGGACCCAGCGGCCAGACGCCACCCAUUUCCCCCGACAGCGUGGAUGUAUUCGGAUUCUCGCCUUUCCAGCCCAGCCACGUAAUACCCACCUCUGGGAACCAGGAGGACUUUUUUGGCCAAACACCUUUCGAUGAAGCAGCUAGUCCCCAACAGAGGCAGAAGCAGCGCAGCCUUCAAAAACUCUCCUCACGGCAGAGGCGCACCAAGCAAGAGGCCAGUGGCAGCAACGGGAAGCGACACCAUAGCACACCCACUUGCGGUAGGAAGAGCAACAAGCCCAGUUUCCGUACCCCCGAACGGGUGCGAAGGCACAAGAAGGUAGGCAGACGGGACUCGCAGAGCAGCAACGAGUUCCUCAGCACGUCCGACUCCAAAGAGAACAUCAGUAUUUCCCUGGGCGAGGUGAUGGAAAAAGGAGCUGCGCUGCCCCCAGAGGAGGUCUUGUUGGAUCCGUUUGGAGCCAAGCCUUUCCAUCCUCAAGAUGGCAGUCGACACGGUCAGCACCAGAGCUUGGGAGACAACAAAAGUGAGAUCAACUCAACCAAUGGCAGGCAGAAGGCCAGCUCCCUGCACAGCGUGUUUGACGGAAAUAAAAUCGAUGACUUUGGAGCUGUACCUUUCACAGAACUGGUGGUCCAAAGUGGAGCACCGCAAACCCCACAAAUGGAUCUCGACCCUUUCGGAGCAGCACCUUUCCCCUCAAAGCAGUGAAUGUCUUGUCUUCCGGCACACACACAGAAAUGCUACACACACACAGCGCCACAUUAUGCAAAGUCCUAGCAGCCUUUUGAAAUGUCUUUAAGGGACGGCAGCUUUGUGCUGUGAUCUCUGUGUAUGUGCAGCCCAUUGGGACGCAGGCCUUUAAAUUAGAUAACAGUCAACUUUUGUAGUUUUUCAAGUAUUUUAAUACCUAACUGGACAGCUAUAACACCUCUUUUACUUUUGGCGACUUAAACCUGUGGUUUAUGGAUGCUUUUGAAUAGGCUUUUGAAGCAUAUUCUUUAGCCUUUACGCGCUUAAAAGCCUUCUAUGCUGCAUUACAAUAAGCGCUGUGCUCAUUAAAAAAAAAGAAAAGAAAGAAAAAACAUCAGAGAUAUGUGUAUAAUCCUUCAUUUGAAUAGGAUUGAGGAAAAAUGCCAAUUUAGUACAGCAUUUUGAUUAAGUUUGUACUCCAUUGUUGACCACUGUGUUGGUAAAACUCCAAUCUACCAACAUGAACACCAUGAAGCCUUAUCUGGGUAUUCCCCGCCCUGCUUAACAGUACCUCGAAUACACAAUGGCUGUAGCCUGUUUGUGUCAAUGGAAUCAUCUGAGUGUAGGCAUUCUCCAUUUAAACGGUCAUUCACAGACAAUUUAAUGCAUAUUUUUACAUUUUUAAGUGCAUCCAAUGUUCUUGUAUUGUGACAAUGUCCUUUCUACAUGCAUUAAAAGGGACUUAAUAUUAUUUUCCCAUUAGUAAAUUGACCACACUAGAGAAGUUGGAGUUUAUUGAACAAUAUUGUUAUAACUGUCGUCGUUUGUAUUAAACAUGAUUUUGUAGAAAUAAUUCCCCAAGCUGAACUUAACAUCUUUGAUGUUUUCAAUAAUCAGAUGUUCCACUAUUGUCUAUAUGUACUUACUGGUAACCUACAAUCAUGAACAAUUAGAGCUCUUGUAGAAAGGAAAAAGAAUUAAAGAAUGUGCUAAAUGCAGUUUUGUGUAUUUAUAUACCAGUCAUUUGUUUGAAGCAAAUUUUAAAAUUCAAUUUUAGUCAGAAAAGGUAUGACGCAUGAAGGGUAUCAUAGUUUGACUGAUGAAAAGGGCCAUUUAGAAACAUUUACAUUGUCAUUGAAUAUCUGCAGUUAGAACAUUCAAGACCAAAAAAAGCAUUUUUUUUUUUUUUACACAUUGCAAGAUUUGUUAUUUUUUUCUUACGUAGUACUACACUCUAACAAUGCAAUAAAAGCUUCUUUUGGAGGUCAUGA